CUUGCACCGAUAUCAGCCUGUAGAAAUGCCAGCUCUUAAAGGACAGUGUCUCUGUGGACAGUCGACUGUCACCAUCGAAAACGGAGAGAACUUCAAGGACCAGAUCAUCUGCCAUUGCUGGGACUGCAAACAGACCUCUGGUAGUGCCUACUCCACCAACAUCCUUGCCCCUAAGAAGGAUGUGAAGAUCGAGGGACCUAUCAAGGAGUUCGGCGUCAAGGUCCCCAGCGGCAAUAUCGUCACUCGCGUCUUCUGCGGGACCUGUGGAAGUGCUCUUUCCCACCUCUCCCCUGGCUUCGGUGAAUCCCAGGCAAUCCAAACCGGGAACUUUAGGGACUUCGCGUCGAAGCCCGUUGCAACUGAACUCUUCGUAAAGGAUCGCUGGACUGGUAUUCCCGCUGUUCCGGAUGCCGCUCAAUUGCAGACCGUCUAGGGCAGGACAUGAGGAGAACUCACGGGAGAAGCGAUGGAGAAGCGGGCGGGGGUGACUCGUAUGUGUCAGCUGGACAGAUUGCCCGUUCGUACAUGGUGUUCGUAUUGCCAUUGGUGUUGCUCUUGUGUGAAGAUCCCCGAGAUAGUCUCAAUGAAAAGUUUAGACC